AUGAGGCUGCUUGCGACGGGCAGAGCGCUCCGAGUGGGCUACCAGCAGCGCUCCGUUACAAUCAGCGCUUGCUUCGGCCACUCUCUGGCGCGUCGCUGGCCAGCUGCGCUCGGCAGAAAUAGCUCUACGGCCGCUCCGCAACCUUCGGCGAACACGUCCGACAGCCUGAAAGAUGCCUUCCCACGGCCGGCCGCACCAUCGCCCGCGGCAUUUUCGGCGGUUGUAGUAGGCGCGAACUCCUAUCCGAGAGACGAAUGGACCAACACGUCGCAAACCAUACUCUCCCAUGUCGGGCGUCGAAUCUACCUCGACGAGAACCACCCGUUGUCGAUCACGCGCAAGUUGAUUGAGGCACAGUUCAGCGGCCCGGAAUACGGAAAUUAUGCAGAGAAAGAUCCUAUUGUUUCUGUUGCGCAGAAUUUUGAUGAAUUGGGCUUCCCAGCCGAUCACCCUGGGCGCAGUCGAACCGACACAUAUUAUAUCAACAGGGACACCGUUUUGAGAACGCACACGAGUGCCCACCAGCGCGCAUACUUCAAGCAGAUGCACAAGAAUGGGAGUAUUAAGCCGGAGGAAAAGGGAUACACCAUUGUUGCUGAUGUUUAUCGUCGCGACGCAAUUGAUAAGAGUCAUUACCCUGUCUUUCAUCAGAUGGAAUGCGCAAGGCUGUGGAAACGACCCGUCACAGCAGCUGCUAUUCUGCGUGACUUGAAACGCUUACCUCGUCAUGACGUUCCUGUUGAAGACCCCAAUCCAGCCGUCCAUCCUGAAAGGAAUCCCUUGCAAGAAAAAGCCCACGCGCUCGAAGAGGUUGAGGCCGUUGUUGCUCACCUCAAACGUUCGCUUGAGCUUCUCGUCAUCAAGAUAUUCUCCGCUGCAAAAGAAGCAACCGCUGAUGUCUCAAAUCCUGAACCAUUAAAGAUGCGUUGGGUCGAAGCCUCGUUUCCCUUUACCAGUCCCAGCUACGAAUUAGAGGUGUAUUGGCAGGGCGAAUGGCUUGAAGUCCUUGGAUCAGGCGUCGUCAAACACGAACUUCUUACGUCCUCAGACGUGCCGGGCCAUAUUGGAUGGGCGUUCGGUCUUGGUUUAGAACGGAUCGCAAUGCUCUUGUUUAACAUUCCGGACAUUCGCCUAUUCUGGUCUCAAGAUACCCGAUUCUUGUCCCAAUUCAAUGCCGGUAAAGUUGUUCGGUUCGUUCCAUUUUCCAAGCACCCAGCUUGUUACAAGGAUGUUGCUUUUUGGUUAAGGUCUACAGCCACCGGAAGUGCGGCUGGAGGAGCUGUGCCAUUUCAUGAAAAUGACAUUAUGGAAAUCGUCCGAGAUGUCGCUGGGGAUUUAGUCGAGGAUGUUCGGCUGGUUGAUGAGUUUACUCAUCCGAAAACAGGUCGUAAGAGUUUCUGUUACCGGAUCAACUAUCGAAGCUUGGAGAGGACCCUUACCAAUGAAGAGACGAAUGAGCUUCAUGAAAAGGUAAGGGAAAAGCUGGUAGAUAAAAUCGGCGUUGAGUUGAGAUGA